AUGUCGCCAAACUUCAUCUUUCGAAUCGACGAGAUACGCGAGAGCUUACAAACGGCCGCGUCGUAUGAUAGAUAUGGAAUCUGGAAUCCUUCGACCGAUAGUGGCGGUAACGAACGCAUGAACGGUCACGGCGCAACUGGCAUGUGGUGGUAUUGCAAUGGUCAAAACAUACAACGCUUGAAUGUCAAUGCGCCGCCUCAUGGAUCAUCACACUUCCAGACUUUCUCUGUCUUUUACUGCGAUGGAUUCGGUUUCUGGGUUUUACGAGGAGAUGCGACUAGUCCACCUGCUGCAGAAGCGUGGCAUCCUCUUUCGUUUGAUUGGGAUGAGCAUGAUUACUCUGCCUACCUAACCAACGCGGGUUACCAACGCACACUGAGAGUACAACGGAAUGACCAAAUGUGGCCUCGGAUGCUCCUACCAACCACUAACCAAGUUCCACCUGUAACCACGAGUCAGAGAUACGGUGGUCUGAAGGGUGACCUUGCUAUUUUCUUGGCUCUGAUUGCUCUGUCCAUGGAUCGACCGUAUGUGCCGCACGUGCUGCCGCAAAUGUUUGCUCGAGAGGCUUGGACAAUACAUCAACAUCCCCAUGGGCGUUUGAAUCAAAGAGGUGUAGUCGUAUACGUUUACACUGUCCCAGCAUCAUGGGACCCGACAGGCAAGUCUACGGCAAAGGAGCUCAAAAACUACCAAGAUGGCGUGCAUGGAAAAUACUACUAUUAA